GGCGCAUGCGCAGUGCAAAACAAGGAUUGAGUGAUUACGGAAAGGUCGAUAUGUCGCGUGUGCCAGUUUUAGUUAUUUUGGGUUGCACGGGUUGUGGAAAAUCGCGUCUGGGCAUCGAGUUAGCCAAGAGAUUUUCCGGAGAAAUUAUUUCCGCCGACAGCAUGCAGGUGUACAAAGGUCUCAACAUCGUCACAGCAAAGGUCACCGACGUGGAGAGAUCAAUGGCUCCGCAUCACAUGUUGGAUAUCGUCGAUCCCCUGUCCUUUGAUUUCAACGUAAUGCAGUUCCGGGACAUGGCCCUACCCAUUAUAGACGACCUGCUGGCCAGAAAAAAGCUACCGAUCGUCGUUGGUGGCACCAAUUAUUACAUUGAAUCCCUCCUUUGGCAAAUUUUGAUCGGCGAUCCGGAAAUGGUUCUCCCUUCGUCCCAUGAUUCGUGCACGAAAGAGACGUCGGACAGGGGCAACAAGAGAUCCAAUUCACCGAGCGAAGAAGGACGGAAGGUCUCGUUCUGGAAGAAAAGGAAAAGCGAAGUGGAUCAAUCCGCGGAGAACAACGAAGAACUUAUCAAGAGGCUGACCGAAGUCGACCCAGAAAUGGCUAAGAGGCUUCAUCCGAACAACACCAGAAAGAUCAUUCGGUCCCUGGAAGUGUUCGAGCAGUACGGAGUCUGUCACUCGGAUAUUCUGAAGGCUCAGCGGACAGCCGGUGGUUGCGGAUUAGGCGGUCCCCUGAGACAUUCGAACUCCAUUGUGCUAUGGCUCCGUUGCGACCAGAAAGUCCUCGACUGUCGACUAGACAGCAGGGUCGACGCCAUGUUGGAUGCCGGUCUGGUGGACGAACUGCUUGACUUUCAUCGGAGAUACAACAAACAGCGGAUCAAGUCCAACACGUUACCCGAUUACACGAAAGGCAUCUUUCAGACCAUCGGCUUCAAGGAGUUUCACGCUUACCUCGUGCUCCCCGAGGAGGAGAGGCAAAGUAAAAAGGGCCAGGAGUUACUCCAACAAAGCAUCGACUUCUUAAAACUCGUUACGAAGAGGUACGCUAAGAAACAAGUCAAAUGGAUCACGAAUCGUCUAAUUCGUCGCAACGAUAGACAGACACCGCCGGUUUAUUCACUAGACUGCACGAAUUUGGAUAAUUGGAAUAGUUCCGUAUUAGAACCAGCCGUGGCAAUAAUAGACGCCGUGUUGAGAAGGGAGCAACCGACGCAAAAGCCUUUGAACGGGACUGCUGAUACCGAAAAAGUCACCGACAGUAGUAACGAGGAAAGGCAUUAUUGCGAUGUCUGCGAAAGGGUUUUCAUUGGAGACUUCCAGUGGAACAUCCAUGUACAUAGUCAGAAGCACUUGAGAGUACUAAAGAAAGUACAAAAAUUGAAGGAAGAAAAAGAGGCGUGUAACAAUUAAGUAUGACGACAGACGUAAUCAUCGUAUUCUGUGAUUAUAUUAUGUAAAAUACGCGCGAACUAUUCACAUGUUUUGUGCAUAUAUUUUAUACCGAAUACCAAAAAGAUUGUACAUACUCGAUAUUCUAAAUAUAGAGCGCUAUUCGCAAGA